GCCUCCUCUUAAGCAUAAUAUAGUAUAUCCUCCACAUGCAUGUAAGAAAAGAAGGAAAGGAUGCAGACAUUUGGGAGAUAGGGUGAGAGAGAGAUUUGCUUAUCCUGUCGAGGUCUCUCAUGUCACAGCUCUACCCCGAGGGCCUGACCUCUGCCUCGCAAACUGCAAACCGACCUGGUGAAGCUCACACUGAAGAGGUGGGAAGUUCGUUUUGGAAAACAUUCCAAAUCCGCAUCAGAAAAAGAAGGGCAUGAGGAUUAAUUGUUUUUGAUAGCAGCCCAGAAGAGAUCUUCUACAUUUUUUUUUUUUUUUUGCAGGAGGGACACACAGGGAAGAGGAAAGGGGAGGAGUGGCGUUGAACACAAAGAGGAGAAGAGCACAGAAGCGCAAGCGAAUAAGAAGACGAGAGGAGCUGAGAGAUGCCGCACGGAAAUAGAUGAGCAUGACAACUCCAGCGAGGGCUGACGAAGAGUCAAGAUUUAAGAAGAUUCAAUUCCUAGUAAAGUGAUGAGUACUCAGACAACAGAGAGCACCAGCACAGAUGUGAUGGUGGUCUCCAAGGAGAUGGCAUUGCUUAGCAACAUACUGGCAGCCUACACCUUCAUCACAGACCGACCCGAGAGGACGGCGCUGGUGUUUCUGGGUGGCGUGUCUGUCGGUCUCCUUGUCACCCUCUGUGCCGUCGUCUUCCAGAUACACUGCCGCGCCGAUUGUCACUACGGCAACAGUAAACACCCUCGUCAUCACCACCGUCACCGGCGUCACCACCACCACCAUCAUCACGUCUGUCGGCACCAUCAGCGGCACAUCGAGGCCAACCCCGACGACACGGCCGUGGUCGCCGCGGAGGUCGCCGGGCCGGCCGAGGACGCCGAAUCCGAGGAUUGGGACGAGAACGCGGACAUGUCAUCGCGGAGACGCAGGCGCUUUGAGAGGGCAUUGCUUCAUGCCGGCAUGUUUACAUCAGCUGAGGAACUGGAUCGGGCCCAGCGGCUAGAGGAGCGGGAAAGGAUCCUGAGAGAGAUCUGGAUGAAUGGACAGCCAGACAUCAGCACAGUCACACAGAGCCUCAACAGAUAUUACUGACAGAAGGAAAAGCAUUAACGGAAAGAAAGAAUGAAGAAGGACUCAUACACAAAAUGAUGGACGCGACGAAAUGACAGGUGAACGUGUGAAUAGACAAAGUGACUGUCAUAUAUCUGUCUUUUGCUCACUAAUAUGCCCUUUGUGUUUUUAACACAAUUCAAAUGGUGCUAGAUAAGGAAUGUGAAUAUCAUGCUGGGAUAGAUGUAUUCCUUUUUCCACCUCUUUUGGUAGCCCAAGAUUAAAGAAGAAGUCAACAGUGGAUGUGAUGGUUUGUUUCUGGUGCUUUUACUGUUGUUGUAAGUCGCAUUCCUAAAAUAAAAUGGAUGCAUACUUAAAGAAAGUGAGUUCAUUGUUCGUACUUGUAUUAUAGCAGCGUUUGUAAACCCCUUUUGUUGAUGUGAAAAUAUUCAAAACACAACGGAGGCUCACGAAAUAUAACAAUAAAUCUUUAUUACAUCAGUAUUUUGCAUGGCCAUAUUGUCCAAAUACAGGGCAUCGGAAUUAUAUCAUAUUAAUGAGAAAUUGACUGCGGGUACUCCGGCUCCCUCCCAGAAUCUCAAAAACAUGCAUGUUAGGUUGACUGAACACUCCAAAUUGUCCAUAAGUGUAGUAAGUGUGCGUAAGUGUGCAUAUGGAUGGUUGUCUGUCUCUAUGAGCGGUUCAGAAAAUCUAUGAAUGAAUAAUGAGAUAUUGAUUUGGCAGGUCACUGUUUCAAUUUAUGUGAUAUUAGAGGGAUAACACUCAUCACUUUUGGAUGAGCACAAAAACAGCAAAUAGGUGGGCAUUUGUCAAAUAUUAAAUAUUAAAAAAUCAGCAAGUUGGCAAAUUUGUGAAUGCCAAAUCGCGUAUUCACUAGGGCUGUCAAAAUUAUCACGUUAACGGGCGUUAAUUAAUUUUUUAAAUUACUCACGUUAAAAUAUUUGACACAUUUAACGCACAUGCCCCGCUCAAACAGAUUAAAAUGACAGCAAAGUGUCAUUUCCACUUGUUACUUGUGUUUUUUGAUGUUUUGCCGCCCUCUGCUGGCGCUUGGGUUCGACUGAUUUUAUGGGUUCCAGCACCAUAAUUAUUAUUGACAUCAACAAUGGCGAGCUACUAGUUUAUUUUUUGAUUGAAAAUUUUACAAACUUUAUUAAAACGAAAACAUUAGGAGGGGUUUUAAUAUAAAAUUUCUUUAACUUGUACUAACAUUUAUCUUUUAAGAACUACAAGUCUUUCUAUCCACGGAUCGCUUUAACAGAAUGUUAUUAAUGUUAAUGUCAUCUUGUUGAUUUAUUGUUAUGAUAAACAAAUACAGUACUUAUGUACAGUUUGUUGAAUGUAUAUAUCCGUCUUGUGUCUUAUCUUUCCAUUCCAACAAUAAUUUACAGAAAAAUAUGGCAUAUUUUAUAGAUGGUUUGAAUUGUGAUUAAUUACGAUUAAUUAAUUUUUAAGCUGUAAUUAACUCGAUUAAAAAUUUUAAUCGUUUGACAGCCCUAGUAUUUACUCAUCUCAAAUGAAAAGAACCAGAUUAAGCAUGCUGCUAGUAAGUACACUGUGUGAAUACCUUCUUCUCCAAUUCUUGUUUUUUUUCAGUGUCCCCAACUUUAAUGAUUACCAUCAAACAAAAUGCGAAGUAUACAUAUAAAAUGCAGUAUUUAUAAGGAAUAUAAUUUUCGUAAUUUUAGCAAUAAAUCUGUUUUUUUUUUUUUUUUUAAAUGUAAUAAUUUUAUUUAUAUUUUCUUUUUCUUUUAAAAUGUCUAGAAGCAGACAGAGAAGGUUGCAGUAAGCAGUGCAGCGGUAUUUCCAUGGGAUUAAACAGAGAGAACAUUAUUAUAAUCAAGGUGAAAUGCUACCACUCGCAACUUUAAAAACGAGAAACCCCACAGGCCGAGUAUGUAUCUGACUAUAAAGUUAGCUACUUAGUAACGUUUUGUCCUUUGUUCUGUCAGAUUUUUCUCCCGAAGCCUUUGUGGCAAUAAAUAUGCAGUCUUUUACAUUCAGUUGGAUUCUCAAUAUUAUCUGGAGGUGCUAAAUAAACAACUUACAUCAUAAACAUACAUGUGCAACAUUAAUACAGCGUAAAUAAAUGCUUAAAACAAACGGUGAGAGAGCGGCGUGCAGUCGGGUUGAUCGCAGCCACAAGCUAGGAUGUGGGUGAGGAGACCUUUCCUUUGUGUGCGUCCGUGACCUGGGUGAGGAGACCUUUCUUUCGUGUGCGUCCGUGACCCAAUGUAAGUAUAUUUUCCUUUUUUAAUAGAAAGUUUGUGGCUUUUAGUGAUGGGGUCUUGACAGUUUAGAUUAUUCAUAUUUUAUUCUGUUUGUGUAGUGAUAGGCUAGUAAAUAAGUAGGCAGUCAAAUGUGAGCAAACUGACAUUGAUAGUUAAGUUUACCUUUGUACUACAUGCUAUAAAAUAGUAUUUCUUUUAUAAACCAAUCAUUAACUUAUCUUUGCGCAAGCAUAAGUGUCCUUGGUGACUCUUGACAUUCAGUUGUCAGUUGUCAGUUGCUAACCGGACAACCUUAUCCAUAGCUUGCAUUAGGCGAGCUUUCCUUUAGGCUUUGAAAAAGGCACCAAAGAUAUUCCUCCACCCAAUCUUUCAGGGUACCCCGUGUCGGAAUUACAGGUACCCCACACAAAGCGUUAAACUAAUGGGUUUUUGCAAUUUCAAAGGAAAAAAAGAUGCUUAAAGUCACGACCACACAAUACAU